GCUCCCCUUCACUCGCCAACGCAGGGAAGGGUGAGACCUUUCAGAGCCGCCAAGUGGGCAGGCGGCCAGCUGCAGCCGGGCCGGAGCAAGCCGCACAGCCGCCCAGCCGGCAGCGGGCACCGGCCUCGCGUUUCAACUUCUGUUGGGUUCUCCUGUAAUGGAAAAUUGCUCUGCUCAAAGCUAGAGUGGUACAGUUCUUUCCAGCACCCUCCCCGCCCCGCCCCACCCCUGGCGCCUUCGGAUCCAGGGACAGCGCCGCAGGAAGGUGGAAGGAGGGUCGGCGGCUCCUUACUAUGCCCCGCGCCGCAGGCCCUGGCCCGGGCUGGUUACUCUUCUCCUUUGGAAUGGGGCUGGUAUCAGGGUCAAAGUGUCCAAAGGGUUGCGAGUGUCAAGCCCAGGAAGUGGUCUGCAAGGGGCAGCAGCUAAGCGAGUACCCCCCUGACAUCCCCCUGAACACCCGGAGGCUAAUCCUGAGCGAGAACAGAAUCACUAGUUUGCCAGCAAUGCAGCUGGGACUCCUCAGUGACCUUGUUUACUUGGAUUGUCACAAGAACAGGAUUCAAGAGGUGAUGGAUUACACCUUCGUCGGGGUCUUCAGGCUCAUCUACCUUGACCUCAGCUCCAACAACCUCAGCUCCAUCUCCCCCUUCAGCUUCUCGGUGCUCGGCCACCUGGUGCGGCUGAGCCUCGCCAACAACCCUCACCUGUCGUCCCUGAGCAAGUACACCUUUGCCAACGCCAGCUCCCUAAGGUACCUGGACCUCAGGAACACCGGCUUAAAGACCUUGGACCGGGCUGCCUUCCAGCACCUCACGGUGCUCCAGACCGUGUUUCUGAGCGAGAACCCCUGGCAGUGCAACUGCUCUUUCCUGGACUUCGCCAUCUACUUGAUAGUGUCCCAUCUGGAGCCCUCAGAUGAGCAGAACGCCACGUGCACGGAGCCCCCGGAGCUGCUGGACUGGCCCAUCACGCGGGUGGGGAACCCGCUGCGGUACAUGUGCAUCACGCACCUGGACAGCCACGACUACAUCUUCCUGCUGUUCAUCGGCUUCUGCAUCUUCGCAGCGGGCACCGUGGCCGCCUGGCUCAUGGGCGUGUGCGCCGUGCUCUACCAGAACGCCAGCCGCAAGUCCAGCGACGACGAGGCCGAGGACGAGGGCCUAAAGGUGGGCGUGGACAGGCGGAUUUUCCAGUCCAGGGAUCGCGUGAACCACGACGGGUUCCCUCAGAUGAUCUAGGUGCCCGCUCUGGCCCCCGCGCCCCAGCACUUCACAGCUCCCUUAGCUCGGAGUGAAAUAAAUUAAUGUGUGUGGCC